UAACUAACUAUCCACCAUGAAGAUCAUCCUUUUGUCCGCACUCAUCGCCAUCUGUUUCUACACCUGUGCAGCGCAAACUGGUGCACCGAUAAAAUGUGGCCCGAACGAAACCUUCGACAAGUGCGGACCAAGCUGCCCGGAGACGUGCGAAUCGAAGCUGUAUCCACCACCACCUUGCGUACAGCAGUGUCGCCGGGGAUGCUUCUGCAAUCUGGGAUACGUCCGAAACACUGCGGGCGAGUGUGUCCCGACGGGCGAGUGUUGGCCGAAACCGAUGACCACGGGAAAGAAUUGA